CUCAACAGUACGAGAUUCGUCUUGCAGCAGCAGCUCCUGUAGAUUCUUCUCAUCCGUCGUCCUGAUGAGCAGCGAUCAGCCUCCUCCGUAUCGUCCUCUUUACCCUGAGACUCAGCCGAGCCCUGGUUUCCCCACAGCUCUCAGCUCUCAGCAUGUGGCCUUCCCCGGCUCCUCAUUCCAGACUUUUCCUCAGAGCUACACAGGUGGAGGAGAACAGUCCUACUACUCUGGGCCUCCAGCAGAGACGAUGGGGCCUCCAGGAACCUUUGUCAUUCAGCCUGGAUACCAGGGUUACCAGAGGGUCGGCCCCGGCCCCGACCCCAAACUGUACGGAGAGGCACCAAAACACACAGUGUUCGUGGUGGAGCCGCAGGAUCAGCGGCGAGGACAUGCCGAGGACUCGUUUCUAACAAGCUGUUUACCUGCUCUGUGCUGCUGCUGCCUCUGGAACCUGGUGAGGUCGCACCUCGGCUGA